AAAAAACGCUGGCUCCCCGCAGUCCCGGAAAAAAAAAAACGAAUCGCCUGUUUCUCCUCCCCCAGCUGACCGCCGCCGGGACGCCGCCAGCCACCCGGCCUCCCCGCGCCCGCGCUCCGCGCAACCGCCGCCGCCGCCGCCGCAGCCUGCACCCGCAGUCCGCAGGCGAUGAAGCGCUUCUUCCAGCCAGUGGCCAAGGACGGCUCCCCAUCCAAGAAGCGGCAGGCGGCCGCUGCCGAACCGGAGGGCGGCCCCGCCUCAGCCGGCGCCGCCACCGGCGGGGAUGGAGAGGGGAGACCCGCCGAGGAGCCGCGCAAGUUCCUGACGUGGAACGCCAACAGCCUGCUCCUCCGGAUGAAGAGCGACUGGCCCGCUUUCUCGCAGCUCGUCGCCCGUCUCGACCCCGACGUCAUCUGCGUCCAGGAAGUGCGGAUGCCGGCGGCUGGUUCCAAAGGGGCUCCUAAAAACCCUAGUGAACUGAAAGACGACACAAGCUCGUCACGGGAUGAAAAGCAGGUAGUUCUGCGUGCUUUGUCAACUUCACCUUUCAAAGACUACCGUGUCUGGUGGUCUCUUUCAGAUUCAAAAUAUGCGGGGACAGCUAUGUUUAUAAAGAAAAAGUUUGAGCCUAAGAAGGUGUCUUUCAACUUGGAUAGAACAUCUUCUAAGCAUGAAACUGAUGGGCGCGUUAUAAUUGCGGAAUUUGAAUCAUUCCUCUUACUAAACACUUAUGCUCCAAACAAUGGAUGGAAGGAGGAGGAAAAUUCGUUUCAAAGAAGACGUAAGUGGGACAAGAGGAUGCUGGAAUUUGUUCAACAUGUGGACAAACCCUUAAUCUGGUGUGGGGACUUGAAUGUCAGUCAUGAAGAAAUCGAUGUCAGCCAUCCUGAUUUCUUUAGCAGUGCUAAGCUGAAUGGAUACACCCCACCCAAUCAAGAGGACUGUGGGCAGCCAGGAUUCACCCCAGCAGAGAGGCGGCGCUUUGGCAACAUUUUAUUCCAAGGAAAGCUGGUAGAUGCUUACAGGCACCUGCACAAAGAAAAGGACAUGGAUGGUGGCUUCUCUUGGUCCGGUCAUCCAAUUGGCAAGUACCGAGGAAAGAGAAUGAGGAUCGACUACUUCCUUGUUUCGGAGCAGUUAAAGGACAGAAUUGUUUCAUGUGAAAUGCAUGGCCGUGGCAUUGAAUUAGAUGGAUUUUAUGGAAGUGACCAUUGCCCUGUUACACUUGAGCUUUCCAAAGCUGUAGCAGAAGCAGCACCAGAACAGCCCAAGCCAUAGAUUGUCCUCUUGACCUGUCACUCAUCAUGGUAGUUAUUAUUAGGGAUGGUGAGUAGGCUAGUGUUGGGCUCAGCCAUGGUGGUCAUUGUUGAGACAUUUCCUGUCUUUGAUUAAAUCUGAUUAUUCCACGCCAUGCAUUGCGUGCUCUAGCUGGAAUUUGAUUGUAGUUAUUAUUAUGAUGAUCCAGCAGGCUACGAGUAAUAUGCUGAGAGUUUAGGGUUAGUAUAGUUUAGGCUACCAGUACUGCAUCCGUUUAGGGCUCCAUUGCCAUUUGAGCAAUGUAAUAACUUCAACAUGUCUCUUACAUUUGGUCUCACUUUGCUUAAACUGAUGUUUGGUCUCACUUUGCUUGAA